GCUGCACUUUGCUGCCGUCGAGGUUCUUCUUCGAUACGCGCUUAGGGGUUGAAACCACGAAACGACACAACUGGCCCGAAAAGAUGCUCGAAAAACACAGAAAUGCCGUCGCUCGUAUCCUACCGACUGCGCCAAUUAUGUUGUUCGACGGAAGAAAAGUCUUUUUAAAAACAAUUAUUUAUUUAAAAGUAUACAGCGUGAAUGUUGUACGUACGAAAUCAGACAAAAGAAUGAAUUUAUAAUGAACAUUAACUUAAAAGGAAAACUUAUCAAUAAAAGCAUGAUCAGCAGGUCUCAUGGGAAGAUCUUCUGUGCGGUUACAGGUGUGGCGGAAAUGGCCACAUGUAACUAGUGUCUACAGUAUAACCGUACCUGCAAGGGAUAAGGCGCUCAUAAAUACAGGUCUGAAAUUUGAAUUGCCUUCAGGAUGCUAUGGAAGAAUAGCACCUAGAUCAGGAUUAGCUUCAAAAAACGGCAUCAAUGUUGGAGCUGGUAUUAUCGAUCAAGAUUAUAGGGGAAUUGUAAUGGUUCUACUCUUCAACCAUUCGAGUGAAGACUUUCAAGUAAACGUUGGAGAUCGUAUAGCUCAAUUAAUUUGUGAGCAUAUACACUAUCCUGAAUUGGUUGAGGAAAAAGAACUUACCCAUACAGAACGCAACACCAAUGGUUUUGGAUCAACAGGGCGAUGAUAAAAACCUAGCUCUAAGUGUUUUUUUAUAUAACUUGCCUAUAAAUAUUAUUGUAAUGAAUAUAUUUAUUAAGUAUAUUAAGCCUAUUAAAAAAAAUUAGAAGCAUUUAUACUAGAGAAAUCUUGACUGCGAGAAAAAAAUAAUAUAUACCCCUUCUUCUCAAAUCGUUGUAUAAAAUGUAAAGAUUAUAUUAUUUUACUUUAAUAUCCAUAAUAGUUAAGACAGAUAGAGAGCGUGAAAAAUUUUAUUAAUAAAAAAAAAUAAUAAGAAUGGUAACUACAUGUCUUCCGCAAGAUGUAUCAGACGAGAUUCGUAAAUGGCGUGAAUUUAAAAGAUGUCCAGCAUUCAAUUACGAGUGUGGUAGAUUGUUGUCAGCAUUUGACCAAUCCUGGUAAAUUAACAGGCUCAGAUUUAAAAAGGCUUACCGACAAAUCUGAUGUACCUGAAUAUGUGAAAACUGCAGUAAAACGGGACAUUGAUAAUCGUCAAGCUGCACAUUUACGUAACAUACCUGGACAUUUUUAAUUUAUGAUU